UUUUAUCCCCUCUCCAUGCGACAGAUGGGCGUGGGUCCCACCGCGACGACGCCCAAGAACCUCGUGCUGUAUAUCCACGGACUGAGCGCCCCCUCACGGGCCGUCUGGAUGGCGGCCAAGGCGGCGAACAUCCCCGUCACCAUCCGCUACCUGGACCUCUUUAAGGGGGAACACAAGACACCUGAAUUCGCAAAGAUUAACCCCGACACCACAGUACCUACAUUACAAGAUGGAGACUUUUCAUUAUGGGAAAGUCGGCCGAUAAUGACUUACUUGGUAUCCCGGUAUGGCAAGAACUCGCGACUCUACCCGAAAGAUCUGCAACAGCGGGCCGUGUGUGACCGUCUUUUACACUACGACCUUGGCUCCGUGUACAAGACCAUAAGCGAAUAUAUGUAUCCACAGCUGUUCCAGGCCAAGCCCCCGGACACGGACAGGGAAGCCGCCAUGAGAAAAGUGUUCGACUACAUGAACCGACAGCUUCAGGGACAGAAGUACAUGUGCGGUGACGACAUGACCAUAGUGGACAUUUCCAUGGCGACCAACCUGGCGCUCAUCGAGUUGCGCAACUACAAGCUGGACCAGUGGCCGCUACUGACCACGUGGUACCAGCGUAUGAAGAGCCUCCCGUACUGGGCCGAGUGUAACCAGGGACUCUACGAGUGGAAGUCGCCCAUGAUGGGGGAAUAGACGAGCUUUUUAGAUGCUACGUCAUUUUCUUUUUACAUUUGAACCUCGUUCUGUGAAAACGGGGCUUAAUGCAUGUUAAUGAAGGAACAACACUUUCCGCCUAAACUGUACUUUUGUUUAGAUGAGACUGUCUUUUAAUUAAGAAAUCCACAAAAGCGUAAAGGAUCGUACAUAAUUAGCCUAUGCGAACUGCACAGUCUAAUCUGUGAAAAACUUUACCCACAUGCAUUAAACCCAGUUUUCUAAGAGCGAAGAGCCAGUGCAACUAUCCUGAGAGACUUUAAUAAGUCGUCUAAUCAUUUUUCAUUCUUUUAAAGUCCUGACAGGUCAAAGUACAAUUAUAACUUUAUAGAUAAUGGCGUCUUCGUCAGUGAUUUAUUACUUCAAGUAACACUAUAAAAUGACUUUAAAAGUG